GCCUAGGCGCAGGGCCCAUGCAGACAAUGCACGAGAAAUGUGCGGAGGAUAGGAAGGCGAGGUUUUCAAAGCGAAAAGACGCAACCAGUUUCCUUUAGAGAGAGCAUCGGCCUAGGUGGAUGUGAGCAUUAAUAUGUUAAUUUAUGUUUUGCUCGUUAUCUACUUUUUCACAGGCGAAGCGCAAUGCGGAAAGGGUAGCACUCAAGUCAUGGAACAUUCUAUAGUAAGAGAUGGCUGGCACUUUUUUGCACGUCGCCUACAAUUCGUGAUGUUGAAGAGGACCUACAAUGUCACUGGGGGGCUCAACAACUCAAUGUGUAUCAUGGUUCCAUUUCCGCCCAAGAUAGAUAGGAAGCAACACGCGCUGAAUGCGACGUUCACUUAUCGCAACUUGAGCUCUACGUAUAAGCUGCAUCCUGAUAACACUGCAGACAACACGUCUUAUUGGCCCAUUGCAAUAUUUCAGUUGCAUUUCUAUGCGCGUAAUCUCAAAGGAGGAGCAAGCGUACGAAAGACAGGUUUGGACUUUGUGAAUCCAACGACCGUGAUGCGUGGAUACGGAUAUGCUCUUUCCCCACCAUUCUGGCGCAUUAUGUACUGCAACAACCGCUGUGCCGUUGUUGACGUCCGCCAGAUCACGUUUACCACGACUUAUCAGAAGCGCGGCCCCCGCAAGCGACAAUGUGAACUGUGGAUCAGCAUAAGUGUAGGGGAGACCAAGCAGGAAAAUGGCAGUAAUAGUAAACUAGUCAUUUGCGAAGGAUUCUUCAAAAGAUGGUGCGACACCACAAAUGUGCAAAACAUAUACAAUCCGGAGAUGUGUGCCCGAAAGAUUUAGAUAUCCGGCUGGAUUUAGAUAUCC